GCCGCUCUCACUAAAUAUAUGUGCAGUUGUGCACGUAUCUCAUCCCCACCCCCACUUCUCAAAAAUUUAAUGGAACAACGACCAGCAACAACAACAUCAACACCAUCAACAGAGCAGCAACCUCCACCACAGCCACCGCAAACACCACCAUCACCACCCUCAACUUCAUCAUCUCUUCCACCUCCCUCUUCCGUACUACCUUCAACUUCUUCCCCAAACCCUAACCCUAGACCAUCCACCUCUCAACCAAACCCACAACCCCACCAACAACAAGCAAGACCACCCUUCAACAGACCAUGGCAACAACCCUCAAGUUUCCCUCACUUCUCGAGCUCUUCGCCUUCACUUCCGCCUGUGCCGCCCUUUUCCUCUUCUACUUCGUCUGCGAUAUCGGCGGCACCUCCACAAAGGGGUGGAAUGGCCAUUGGGGUUCCUGCGCACCACCCGAACCCUCCUCCGCCACCGCCCGCCUCUUUUUCCUCUCUGACGCCGCCUUCUUUUGGUCAGCAAUAUAGCGGAUUGGGUCGCAAUGUGGCAAAUUUGCCUGAUUCUGUGGCCAGUUCGAGCACAUCCCAGGCGAGACAACCAAUACAAGGAAUGGGAAUGAUGGGAUCACUUGGUUCGAGUUCAUCAAUGCGGCCUGGUGUGGUUCCUGCACACCAUCAACUGAGACCUGGCCAGUCAGUUCUUAGACCACAGACAAACCCAAAUAACCCGACACCUGCUUCGCAAAAUUUUCAAGGGCAUAGCAUGUUAAGGGGUUCAACUGUGGGAUCACCUAGUUCGCCAUCACCUAACACGUCGCAAAGUUCGCAGCUUCAUACUCAACCGUGGUUGUCUUCUGGACCACAAGGGAAGCCUCCAUUACCGCCCUCAUCACCACGAGCACAAAUGAACCCACAAUCAUUGCAGCAAAGAUCCCAUAUUCCUCAGCAACAUCGUUCCAUAACAGCUUCACUGCAACAGCAGUCAUCCUCUGUCCAACAACCUCCACCUUCACAUCAGCCACAAGAGCAUUAUGAGCAACAGUUUCCAUCAUCGAGGAUCCAACAAUCAUUACCCCAUCAGCAACAAAUUACAAGAGGUCAGGGAUUGGGAGGCCAGAAACCUUCGUUUCAUGCAACCGUACAACCUAGUACAUCCCAGCUGGGACCUCCUAAUAGAACAUCUAUUGCAGAAUCUAGUGAAACUUGUAACAGGAUUCUGAGCAAGAGAAGUAUCCAAGAGCUUGUUACCCAGGUGAGCGUGUCGGUCUUCUAUUUUUAUUUUUCUACCUCUUUUGUGCAGACUGCUAGACUGUUUGACAUCUUUCAUACCCAUUAUCCUCCAGACUACGAUGAUAUAAACGGUAUGUAGUGGCAUUUUAAGAUAUUGGCAUCCAUUUGAUGAGUUAAUUGAUGCAGAAGAUGUAUACCACAAAAUUAUCAUUGGGUCGCUACCUUUUCUAGUAACUCGGCAGUGGUUUUUUAUUUCUUAACUAAGGCUUACAUGUUCUUAAGAAAGUUGUAAGAUGCCUUUUAAUAACUUGGUCAAGCCCCCCCUUUUUUGAAGGUUGGCAAGACCUUUCAUCUCCUCUCCUUUUCUAGUUUGGGAGGUGGAGGCAUGGGAAUAAAUCAUAGAGUUCUAGGUCAACAUUCUUAGUACCUUCACUAUGAAUGGGGAAGCUAUAACAGCAUUAAAUUCUGUGGCACUUUCAAAUGAAGAAAAGGAAAGAACCAUUGAGGCAUAUGUAGUGUCCUUUUUAGUGUUUGUGAAUGGUAAAUGAAACUUGUCAUAACAAGGAAAGAAGAAAGAUGAUAUCAAGACGAAAGCAAAGAUUGAUGAUUUUUUUGUUCUUAAACUUUUUGGUACGUCACAGUAUUAUCUUUUGGUUAAAUUCUUUAGUCUAUGGUGUGCACCUUCUUCAUUCAUCUUUGAAAGAUAGCACCUUGUUCAGAGCAGCUAAUUGUUUUAGGAAACUAUGGUAUAUGAUCCAUUGUUAUAGUUCAAAAUGUCAUUUAUACCCUUGGUUGUGGAGCAGUAUUCGAAAUAAGUUUAUCUUGGAAAGGACAAAUCUUGUAAUAAUCACCCCAUUGCUUUUCAAAGUGUAUAAUCAUUUAGGGACAUCCAAAUAAGUAAAUGGUUGCAAUUUUUCACAGACAGAGGGAGUACUAAUAUGUUUUUUGUGAUCCUUUUUGGUCCUUAUCAUUGACUUCUUUUCUUCCUGGUCAGAUUGAUCCAUCAGAAAGGUUGGAUCCUGAAGUAGAAGACAUUCUUGUGGAUAUUGCAGAUGAAUUUGUGGAAUCUGUGAGUUAAUGAAUACGUUUUUAAUUUUUUUUUAAUAAAACUAACUAUUUAUUUCGAUGCAUAGUUGUUUUACUUGGAUGUAGGGAAGGUUUGUAUUUGGGAUUCCUUUUGUUGUCAAUAAUACCAUUAACAGGAAGCAGAACUUAUUGCUAACAACGUAUUAUUAUCUCGUUUUGUUAUCCGAGCACUGCUUAGAAGUAGUUUUCUUAUUGUAUCAGUUUUAUUGUGCUGGUCUGUUCUUUUUUUCUUUUUGACAUUUUUAUUUGUGUAUUUUUAUUGUGUCUGCUGGGAGCAGAUAACAACCUUUGGUUGCUCUUUGGCUAAGCAUCGGAAAUCAAGUACAUUGGAAGCCAAGGAUAUUCUUUUACAUCUUGAAAGAAACUGGAAUAUUGCACUUCCUGGUUUUGGUGGGGAUGAGAUUAAGAGCUACAGAAAACCGGUAAAAAGUUUAGUGACUGGUUAUUUGUAUAUGAAGAAGCGUCAGUCUUGCAUAAGAGUGUGUAUACAUGUGAUGUUGGGGGUUUCAUCUUUAUAUUGAUACAUGUUUUUGUUGCUCAAACACAUUCUUUGAAUUGUAUGCACGUUUAAUUGGGCUGUUUGAUGGCUUUGCAGUUUACAAGUGAUAUUCAUAGGGAGCGACUUUCUGUGGUAGGUUUGGCUUCAGUAGUUCUUUUGUUAUUCUCACAAUGAACACACACACACAAAGGGACCCAUCAUUGACUUGUUAGGCUAUAGCGUGAUGGAUGCUUAAGUCACUGGAUAGGUAUAAGGGAGUGAUAUUUUUUGUUUCCAAAGGGGGCUAGUCCCAAACUUUCACAGAUUUGUUUUAUCCUUGUCGGUCUAUAAUAUAUUCCUUUGGCAGAUAAAAAAGUCUAUUAUGACUUC